UUGCGUUGAUAAACACGGAAGUGGGACUGAAACGUGAAAACAAAUCUUUACCGCACCGCCUCACAAAGUGUUAUGACACAGUCAUUACCGAUUCCUUUUCAACGUGCACAAUCUUAGUUUAAGCGAUUUCUGCUGUUAUUUUAAUUAACCGUAAUUAUUUAUAGUUCUGCUGUAGAGUAGAUUAGCACAAUGAAGAACUGUAUUGCUGCUGUGAUAACACUAUGCAUUGUAAUGCAGGUGAAUGGUGCUUUGGAUUUCGAGAAAACGCGCACGGCAUAUUCUGCAAAGAUCUUUGGGUUCUCAUGGGAGAACUGCGGUAAGCCAGACGACCCAGCGGUUCUGAAGACCCUAGCCCUGUCCCCGGAUCCCAUCACAGUUCCAGGGGACCUGACGGCCAGUGCGUCCGGGAACACAACGGUCGAGCUGGCCGCUCCMCUCGCUGUGAAUGUGACGCUGGAGAAGGAGGUGGCAGGGUUCUGGGUCAAGAUCCCAUGUCUGGAAGAGAUAGGGAGCUGUCAUUACACAGACGGCUGUGACCUGCUCAACCAGCUGAUACCGCCAGGACAGGACUGUCCUGAACCUCUUCACACCUACGGCAUCCCCUGCCACUGUCCCUUUAAAGCUGGGGUAUACACACUACCAGAGUCAGACUUCUACCUCCCUGACAUUGACCUGCCUUACUGGCUGACCAACGGACACUACAGAGUACAAGGAGUGCUGGGAGCUAUGGAGAAAGAACUGGGCUGCCUCAAAAUCACCUUCUCUGUCCACUCUAAUUACUAAACAACGGAUAAAUGAUCUUCUCUUUCCACUCUAAUUAAAUGGUGGAUAAAUUACCUUCUCUUUCCACUCUAAUAACUAAAUGAUGGAUACAUGACCUUCUCUGCACACUCUAAUUAAAUGGUGGAUACAUUAACUUCUCUGCCCACUCUAAUUAAAUGGUGGAUAAAUGACCUUCUCUGCCCACUCUAAUUAAAUGGUGGAUAAAUGACCUUCUCUGCCCACUCUAAUUAAAUGGUGGAUAAAUGACCUUCUCUGCCCACUCUAAUUAAAUGGUGGAUAAAUGACCUUCUCUGCCCACUCUAAUUAAAUGAUGGAUAAAUGACCUUCUCUGCCCACUCUAAUUAAAUGGUGGAUAAAUUACCUUCUCUGCCCACUCUAAUUAAAUGGUGGAUACAGGAAACAUUAUGUACCAUUCAAUGAGCUGGUGUACUGACAUUUUGUCUUCUUUAUUCUGAAGGGAACUUCUGCUCUCAUCUCAUCAAACCGCCAAUUAAACUGCUCUAGGAUCAGUUUCACCUUUACAGUCGUAAUGAAUAAGAGGGGGGGGGGGACCUGAUCCUAGAUCAGUACUCUAAAAUGCUUUGUGGAUACUGGCCCUGCACCAAACAAGCAGUAACUGAGCUGCUACUGUAGUGGUACUGUAGUUUAGGAUACAAUUCAGACUCACUUUCAGGUAAAACAGUUAAGUUUUUGCAUGGCUUCCUACUGUACUGCUAUGAACUUGUCAUAACCAGUAUGUUUCUUUUUCAUAAUGUUUUACACUGUCUUUUUUAUACAGAAUUAUUUUUAUUAGAUUUCUUCUCAAGGGUGAAUGGCUGUGGGUAUGCUUCUAUUGGUCAUCGGCUUUUACCCUGGGUAAGGUACUGGUCACAUGACUAGUCGUUUUAGGAGUUUUUAAUUGUGACAGUCGUUUCUAGCUGAUGCUUACUGUGUCAUCAUUUUUGGUUCUAUGGGUCGUAAUGCUACUUCCUGUUUCUAGUGGUGAUACUUCUGAUUUUACAACCCCUGGGAAUAUGUUGUUCUUCCUGUUGAUGGUGUAUUGAUCUGUUUUUUUCUGAAGGUGUUUUAUUGUUGACAUGUUCAAAGUGCCUAAAUAGACAUGCUGGAAAUGAGAUCUGCGAAUCAGGUGGGACUGUGUGAUGUUUCAAAGGGAAAUGGAAUGAAAGCAGCCAAUCAAUUCCUUCCCUCGUAUAACACUGUACCAAUAGGCUAAUCCUAUUCUAUAACCAAUUAAAGUGUUGUAAGGAAUGUAAGUGCACUUCCUAUCUUAAAUAAUAAUUCUAAUGAAAUGGUUAUCAAGUAUAGAAGUCUUAAUUAAGGAAUCAACACGAAAAAUUGCACCUUGAUUACUUAGAAAUGACAUGCUGUAAUAUGUUGGUCAAUAUUUCACUGUAAAAACUUCUUUUUUUUUCAAUAAAAUAAAAUSCUAUAUGUUG